AUGAGGCUCACUAGCAAGAUCCUACCGGUGCUCUCUCUCUGGUGCACGGCUGUAAUGGCAACACUUCCUACUUCCUACGAUGUCGUCUGGGAUAAACCAGGUGUCAAUGGAUCAGCCGAUUCAAUGCCUCUCGGUGGUGGCGACAUUGGUCUGAAUACAUGGUAUGAGAAUGGCACCAUUCUCAUGUACGUUGCUAAAAGCGGCACCUUUGACGAGAACAACUCUCUUCUCAAACUCGGUCGUGUCAGAUUAUCCUUCGAUCCCAACCCCUUCGACAGCGACUUUGAGCAAAGACUUGUUUUGAAUGACGGUUAUGUCAAGUACACCGGCAAGGAUAACGCCACAGCUAAAGUCUGGGUCGACGUAUUCAACCCUGUCGUGCACAUAGAAGUCGACAGCCCUGAGAAGAUUUCUGUCAACGUAGCUUAUGAGAACUGGCGUUACGAAGACCGACCCAUCGUUAAUGAGGAGCGCAACCAGGGCUCAUGGGGCAUAUACACCUCCAAGAUUGCCAACGGAACUACCUACGCUGACAAGAUCCUCUUCCAUGAGAAUGGCGUGCUCAUGAGCCACCGUAAUGAAAAGUUGGAUCUAUGGAACUUUCAACUAAAGCAGCAGGGGCUCGAGAAGUACAGUGAUGAGAUGUACAACCCAAUGCGAAACAACGAGUUUGGUAUCUUUGUCCACUCCGAGCAACUCAAGCCUGCCGAUAUUACCGAUGGUCACUACGUCAACACUACUUACAAAGCCUGGAAUCUCAAAAGUAAGGCGGCUGGAAAAUCGUUUAAAGUUUCGCUCUCCAUGUAUCAAGCCCAAACCAAAAAUCACGAUGAGUGGUACAAGGGUCUCAAAAAGGUCAUCAUGUCCGCUGUCAAGAAUACUCAUGACGCCACUCUCACCUGGUGGCACGAAUACUGGGCUCGUUCAUACAUCAUCAUCAAUGAAGAUAAGGGUGAAAAGGAUGCAGGAUUCCAAGUAGGAAAGAACUACCAGAUUUGGCGCUUCCUAAUGGGCUGCAACGCGAAAGGAGAAUGGCCGACCAAGUUCAAUGGUGGUCUCUGGACUUUUGAUCCCGUCUUCGUCAACCCUUAUCGGCCUUACACGCCCGACUAUCGACGCUGGGGCGGAGGUACAUUCACUGCUCAGAACCAGCGUCUCUUGUACUGGCCCCUCUUGAGAUCUGGUGACUUUGAGACUAUGACGCAGCAGUUUGACUUUUACAAGCGCAUCACGCCGAACGCAGUUCUAAGAGGAAAGGUGUACCAGAAUAUCGAUGCAGCGUAUUUCUUGGAACAGAUCGAUAAUACCGGUCUGUCGAAUGUGUUUGAGUACAAUGCACAGUGGUAUGACGAUGAUGCAAAUACACCCCGUCCUGACUUUUUCCCUGAUGGGGAGUUGUGGAAUGUUUGGUUGAACCAUAUGCAAGAUACUGCUAAUGAGUUCGCCGAUAUGAUCCUACAAGCCAACAUUUACUCGGGCUACGACGUUACGCCUUAUCUCGAGUUUAUCGAGUACCAGCUCGCCUGGUUCGACAAGUACUACACCCGAGAGAUGCUCAAACGCAACCCUUGGCCGUUGACCGGCAUUUCUGGCAAUGAAUCCCUCGUCAUUUAUCCUGGGUCAGCCGCUGAGACAUAUAAAGAAGCGUAUAAUCCUGUCUCCACUCUGGCUGGUCUACGUCAAGUCAUCAAAGAUCUCAUGAUCGUAGACGAGUUCUCCCUUCAAAACAAGACGUACUACCAGAAAUAUCUCGAUAAGAUCCCCGGCAACACGCUCCGUCAGCAACAGGGUCACACAUGUAUUGCUCCAGCGGAGGCAUACACGCGUGUUCAGAACAGCGAGGUACCCCAGCUGUAUACUGUCUUUCCCUGGCCCGAAUACGGCCUUGGCCUUCCUAACCUCACGCAUGCCAUCAACACGUAUCUCUAUGACACAGAGACAGUCAUCUACCAUGGCAACAAUGGUUGGAAGCAAGACGUCAUUUGGCUCGCACGUAUGGGAUUCACUGCAAACGCAACAUCCAUGACGGAAGAGCGGUAUACGCCUAGCAAAGUGUGCAAGUUCCCCGUUUUUAAGGGUCCCAAUUUUGACUGGACACCUGAUCUGAACCAUUACGGGGCUGCAGCUAUUGGAUUGCAGGAACAGCUUAUCCAGACUUUUGCAGGGGAUGAUAUUAGACUGCUUGCUGCGUGGCCUGAGAGUUGGGAUGUUAGGUUCAAGGUUUGGGCGCCACAUAAUACUACCGUUGAGGGUACUGUGACGAAGGGUGAUGUGGAAAAGCUUGUUGUUCUGCCCAAGUCUCGGACGAAGGAUGUCGUUGCGGGACAAAACUAG